UGGUGGAGGGUUUGUUAAACAUUUGUUAACACCUCCUCUCUUUCAAAAUUCCUUUAGUUUUUCAGUUAUCAGUUUUUCUUUUCCAGUGAGUUCAGCACACUUUACAUUUCGACAUGGCUCAGUGUGGAUCUCUUCAUUAUAAAACUGUUGCUGAAUGGGUAAAUGCACAAGCAGGGCACGUGCCAUAUGGAGCUGUGCAGGGCGGAGAGGAUUCGGGUGAGCCAAUUUACGUUGGAAGGGCCAAUCAUGAAGGUGAUGUUAUUCCGGGAAAACUUCAUCCUUCUCAUGGAUGUGUGUAUGUACCUUGGGGAGGAGAAGAACAUAGUCAUACUGAAUACCAGGUUCUAGUUAAUCAACAUGGAACAAUAUUGGAUUGGAUUAGAUCUUCAGGAAGUGAGAUCCCCACGGGAUCUGUUCAAGGGGGAAUCACCGCCGAUGGAGAGACGUUAUACAUAGGGCGCACAUGGCACGAAGGAACAGUAACGAUUGGAAAAGUUCACCCUAGUCAUGGAGUUCUUUACAUCGCAUACGGAGGCGGAGAACACGCUUACCCAGAUUAUGAUAUCUUGGUCGUGAGAUCAGUUAAUUUUUAAAGAAGAGAAACGUUUGUUUUCAUAACAAUGAAAAAUGAUCAAUCACUUACAUAGUCCUAAUUAUUAAUAAUCUCUGAGGAUCGAAAAUGUUACUCUUCAUAAGACCUGGCAUUAAAGUGUUUAAAUUCUA